AAAGAAGAUGGGGAGGCUGUUCACAAGCUUCCUUCUGCUGCUCAUAUGUGGGGCAAUUGGGUUUGCACAGCAUUGGUCAUAUGGCCUGCAACCUGGAGGGAAAAGGGAUGCUGAAAACCUGAUAGAAUCUUUCCAAGAGAUGGCAAAUGAGAUGGACAAACUGGGGGAGCUGCAGCAUUUUGAAUGCACUGCCGCACAUCAGCGCCCCACAUUUCGAGGACUUAAAGGAGCCUUAGCAAGUCUGAUUGAUGGGGAGACUGGGCAAAAGAAGAUUUAAAUCUCCAGAAAGAAAUGUACAAAGUUUAGCUACACACUCCAAUGUAUGCUUUGCGGUAUAUUGUGAAAUGUGCGGGAGUAUCUUGAGACUAGAAUUUAAUUUGAGA